AUGGUGUAUAAAAAAGAUGAAGAGGUUCGAGCAAUAUUAGUUGACUUUGACUGGUGCGAUACUUAUGAAGAAAUUUUUCAAACGUUGGAGAGAAAGGCUGAUACACUUGUACAUUUCGUAACGAGCUUUCAAGAUUUUGAUUAUUAUUAUGGGACCAUACCAAUAAAAUUUUCAAAAUUUCACAACUUAAAGACAUUAAUAAUUAAUGAUUCUUGUCUUGAAUUUGAGCAUCAAUUGAAAAAUUCAUGUUUUCAAAAACUUGAAAUCCUUCAAAUAGACUAUAUUCAAAUCAGCACGAUUAUUUCUAUAAUUAAUAACAAACAUUUGACCCUUGCCUUUUCAUCAACUAAGGAACAUUUUAUCGAAUUCGAAGUAUUAAUAGAAAAAUGUCAAAAUUUGAAGACAUUAAUAUUAAGUAUAAAUGCCUUUACGAAUGAUGAAUAUAAGUCACUUGAAGAAAGAAAGUUUGCAUCCGGAGACAGAUUAACCAAAGCGUUAAUAAAUUCGGCAUCGAAUAAUCUAAGAGAAAUUAGGUUUGGGGAAUUUUAUCCAUUAUAUCCUGGGUUUAAAUUUUCAUUGGAAACCUUGAAAACUUUUUUAGAAAAUUGGAGAAGUCGAAUUCCACUUUCGAUAAUUACAUCAGAUCAUCAUUAUAAAGGAAAGGAAUAUACGGAAAUGUUAAGUAGAUACAAGAAGGAUGGUGUGAUUAAAGAUUUUAAAUGCGGUUCCUUAAGAGAUAUUUAUUUUAGCUAUAGGAAUACUUAUUAUGAAAUUUUUAUAGCAUUAGAGAACAAGUCAGAUACACUUGCUCGUCUUGUAAUAAUUUUAAAUGAUGAAUUUGAUUAUGAGAUCCCUUUAACGAUAAAUCUAUCAAAAUUUCAAAAUUUAAAAUCAUUAAUAGUUGAUGCCACUUACUUUGAAAUUGAAAAUCAAUUGAAACAAUCAUGCUAUCAAAAACUUGAAAUUCUACAAAUAAAAUAUAUUGAGACCAGCACGAUUAUUCAUUUAAUUAAAAAUGGUGGAAGACAUCUCAAGAAAAUUUUGGUCAAUGAAUAUUGCAUCGAUGAUGACGAUGAUGAUCAUUCCGUUCUGAUUCGCGCCAUACGUGAAAAUUGUCCUUUGGUUGAACAUUUGACCCUUGCAUUCUCAUCAUCAAAGGAGCAAUUCAUCGAAUUCGAAAAAUUACUAGAAACUUGUCAAAAUUUGAAGACAUUAAUAUUAAGCAUAAAUGAAGAAGAAAUCAAGUUUGCAUCUGGAGAAAAAUUAUCCAAUGCAUUAAUAAAGUCAGCACCAAAUAAUCUGAGAGACAUUAGAUUUGGGGAAUUUCAUUCAUUUUAUCCUGGGUUUAAAUUUUCCCUGAAAACCUUGGAAACCUUUUUAGAAAAUUGGAGAGGUCGAAUUCCACUUUCGAUAAUGACAUCAGACCCCCAUUAUAAAGGAGAGGAGUAUAUGGAAAUUAUAGACAGAUACAAGGAUGACGGCGUGAUUCGAGAUUUUACGUAUGACAAUAUUCAUUUUAAUUUUAAAGCAUUUGUCAUAUAA